UGUUCAAGGCGGUGAGACAAAGCUAAAAAAUGGCGCCAAGGUGGAGCAAUCGAUGGUACGGGGAGAUGCCAGACUCAAGUUCGUUGCCAGUAAUUCAUAACAGUAGAAGCGGACACUACGUUUGCUUUUAUCAAAUUGACCUCGCACAAAUUUAUAUUUCGUCCGAACAUAAUCAAAACUGUGAGUAUCCCACGUCGGGAUAUUAGAUAAGUUGUAUAUACAUAUUGCACAAAAUGUGUUGAAUAGAG